AGUUAUUGAAUAGAGGAAGAAAACAAAGAGUUGUUGAUUAGUUUUUUUGAACAUUUUAGUGCAACAAUGGGCUACGUAAACCUUGUAUUUUUUAUGCUAUUUCCCAUCCUCUGUCAUCUUUCUUUCUCCUCAUCCUUAUCUCAUUUGUGCACCAAAGAUCAAGCUCUUUCUCUUCUACAAUUCAAGCACAUGUUUACAAUAAGUCAUGUUGCAUUUGAUCAUUGUUUCGGCAUACCAGGUCAAUGGAUUCAGUCAUAUCCAAAAACUCUUUCGUGGAGCAAGAGCACAGAUUGUUGCUCUUGGGAUGGAGUUUAUUGUGAUGAGACGACAGGAGAAGUGAUUGAACUCAACCUCAAUUGUGGCCGACUUCAAGGCAAGUUUCAUUCCAAUAGUAGCCUCUUUCAACUCUCCAAUCUCAAAAGGCUAGAUUUGUCUAAUAAUAAUUUCUCUGGAUCGUACAUUUCACCUAAAUUUGGUGAGUUUUCUAGUUUGACGCAUCUUGAUUUGUCGUAUUCAAGUUUUACAGGUAUAAUACCAGUAGAAAUCUCUCGCCUUUCUAAAUUACACGUCUUUCGUAUCCAGGGUUAUUCAGAUGGUCUUAGAUUCAAACCUCACAGUUUUGAACUGCUCCUUAAGAACUUGACCCAAUUAAGAGAGCUUGACUUUGACAAUGUGAACAUCUCUUCCGCCAUUCCUCUGAAUUUCUCUUCUUAUUUGACAACUCUACACCUUCGAGGCACACAGUUAUAUGGGACAUUGCCCGAAGGAGUUUUCCACCUUUAUAACUUGGAAUCUCUUUAUUUAACAGACAAUCCCCAGCUCACUGUUAGGUUUCCCACAACCAAAUGGAAUAGCAGUGCAUCACUUAUGGAUUUAUAUCUCAGUGGUGUGAAUGCUACUGGUAUGAUACCUGAAUCAUUUGGUCAUCUAACUUCACUUCGUACAUUGACAAUAGCUUCUUGUAAUCUCUCAGGCUCUAUUCCUAAACCUCUAUUGAAUCUCACCAACAUAGAGGAAUUGUACCUUGAUUAUAACCAUCUUGAAGGACCAAUUUCUGAUUUCUUUAGAUUUGGAAAGCUCAGGUGGUUAUCACUUACAAAUAACAACUUUAAUGGCAAACUUGAGUUCUUAUCCUUUAACAGAAUCUGGACGCAACUUCAAUGGCUAGAUUGUUCAGUGAAUUCUGUAACAGGUCCCAUUCCUUCUAAUGUAAGUGGUAUGCAAAACCUACAACUACUCAGCUUGUCAUCAAACCACUUGAAUGGGACUAUACCUUCAUGGAUAUUCUCCCUCCCUUUACUAGGGCAGUUAGAGUUGAGUGAUAACCAUUUCAGUGGAAACAUUCAGGAGUUCAAGUCUAAAAUAUUGGAUCGAGUUUCUCUAGAACAAAAUCAGCUUCAAGGUCCUAUUCCAAAGUCACUCCUAAACCAGCGUGAUGUAUAUUAUCUUGUCCUUUCGCACAAUAAUCUCAGUGGACUGAUUGCUUCAACCAUCUGCAAUCUGACAACACUGAAUGUGCUAGAUCUGGGCAGCAAUAAUUUGGAGGGAACAAUCCCACUAUGUUUGGGUGAGAUGAGUGAACUUUGGGUUUUGGAUUUAAGCAGCAAUAAUCUUAGCGGGACAAUUAAUACUACUUUUAGUAUAGGAAAUCAACUUAUAGUCAUUAAAUUUGACGGGAAUAAGCUAGAGGGGAAAGUUCCGCAAUCUUUGAUCAAUUGCAUGGGCUUGGAAGUUCUUGAUUUAGGUAAGAAUGAGUUGAAUGACACAUUUCCUAAAUGGUUGAGAGCCCUACCGAAUCUGAAGAUUCUAAGCCUGAGAUCAAAUAAGUUCUUUGGCCCUAUAAAAGAUUCAUCGACUUACAAGUUUGCUCAAAUUCGAAUCAUAGAUCUCUCAUCCAAUGGAUUUAGUGGAGAUUUACCAGUGAGCCUUUUUGAGAAUUUUGAAGCUAUGAAAAUAAAUGAUGAGAAAAGUGGAACCCGAGAGUAUGUAGCAGAUAUGCAAGAUUUUUAUUACACAAAUUCCUUUAUAGUUACAACAAAGGGGCUGGAUCUAGAACUACCUCGAGUUUUGACUACCAACAUAAUUAUCGAUCUCUCAAGGAAUAGAUUUGAAGGUCAUAUCCCAGGCAUUAUUGGAGAUCUCAUUGGACUUCGUACUUUGAACCUAUCUCAUAAUCGCUUGGAAGGUCAGAUACCAGCAUCACUGCACCAGUUAUCUGUACUUGAAUCAUUGGAUCUCUCAUCCAACAAAAUCAGCGGAGAAAUUCCACAACAACUUGCAUCCCUCACAUCACUUGAAGUCUUAAAUCUCUCUCACAAUCAUCUUGUUGGAUGCAUCCCCAAAGGAAAACAAUUUGAUACGUUUGAGAAUAGUUCAUACCAAGGAAAUGAUGGAUUACGUGGAUUUCCACUCUCAAAGGAUUGUGGUGGUGGUGAUGGGGUAGCACAAACGACGAAUCCAGUUGAGCUAGAUGAAGAAGGAGGGGGAGAUUCAUCAAUGAUCAGUUGGCAGGCGGUUCUCAUGGGUUACGGUUGUGGACUUGUUAUUGGACUGUCCAUAAUAUACAUAAUGUUGUCAACUCAAUAUCCAGCAUGGUUUUCGAGGAUGGAUGUAAAAUUGGAACACAAAAUUCUUACGAGAAUGAGAAGGCACAAGAAAAGACAUUAGUGUGUAACCUCGAGGAUUCAAGUCUACUGCAUCGCUGGGAUGUAAAAAUAGAAGCUUUUACUUUCAUAGUUUGUUAUUCUGUUGCAACUCAACAAAAUUUGAUUUCACUUAUCUGUAGUAUGUAGAAAUAAAUUCAGCAUUUUCAAUUGUGAGGAAAAAAACAAGUUCAUAAAAUGCAAAGGGAUCAAAAGGGAAACACCAGUAGAGCAAAAAGUUUGA